GCCGGCAGGCGCAAGGGCAGCCCCUAAGAAGUCCUGCCCUGACGCCCGCGAUUCGCGUUGGAAGCGCGCUUGUCUGAACGGGGCGGAAAGGGGGAGAGCUUUGGCUGGGAGGGAGGGAAACCAGGCUGCUUCUGGAUCCGGCCUCGAGGGGGGGGGAGAAGGAGUUAAAAGGGCGGAGCGGCCGAGGAGAAAGGCCCGCCAGCGGGGACGCUGUGCUCGGGAGAGACACGCCGCCGCCUCCUUCUCCUCGCCAAGACGCGCAGGGAGGAGACGGCCUUUGCGCCCUUUGGAGGCACCCAGGGAGAGCCGUUGGGUGGAGAGGGGCGCCCUGCCCCGCCGCCGCAGCAGCCUCGGCGACCAUGGAGAAGCUCUUGACGUUGGCCUUCCACCUCCUGGGCGCCUGGUUCGCCCUGGUCUUCCUGCUGAUCGUGCUCCCGUCCCUGUUCGGCAUCUCUUUGGGCAUCUCGGAGCUGUACCUUAAAGCUUUGGUGAAGACCUGGGAGUGGGCCACGCUUCGGAUUGAGAAGGGAAUCAGAAGGCAGCAGAGAGAGGCAGUGAAACCCUCAGCUUCAAAUGUCAUCAUUCAGAGAGAUCACACUACCAUGGAGGAGGCUAUUGCCGGUCUGCGCCGUGGUGACUUUGAGGUCUCGGAUAUUUUUUAUUUCUGCAAGAAAGGCUUUGAAGCAAUUGUGGAAGACGAGGUCACCCAAAGGUUCAGCUCAGAGGAGUUGGUCUCUUGGAACCUUCUCACCAGGACCAACGUCAACUUCCAGUAUAUCAGUUUACGGCUGACGGUGGUGUGGGUUAUUGGCGUCUUUGUGCGGUAUUGCCUCUUGCUGCCUCUUCGUGUGACCUUGGCAACGAUUGGGACAGUUAGUAUGAUCACGGGCACCACUCUGGUAGGACAGCUGCCAAAUGGAUCAACCAAAGACUGGCUGAGCGAUCUUGUCCAUCUCACAUGUUCCCGGAUCCUUGUGAGAGCCCUUUCUGGAACCAUCUAUUACCACAACAAGGAGAACAAACCGCAGAAAGGAGGAAUUUGUGUUGCCAACCAUACGUCGCCAAUAGAUGUCAUAAUACUGACAAAUGAUGGCUGUUACGCAAUGGUUGGUCAGUCUCAUGGCGGUCUCAUGGGAGUCAUUCAAAGAGCCACGGUCAAGGCCUGCCCGCAUGUAUGGUUUGAACGCUCGGAAAUGAAAGAUCGCCAUCUAGUGACGAGAAGACUGAGGGAACACGUGGCCAACAAGGACAAACUGCCCAUCCUAAUUUUCCCAGAAGGCACUUGUAUAAACAACACUUCAGUAAUGAUGUUUAAAAAGGGAAGUUUUGAGAUAGGUGGCACCAUCUACCCAGUUGCCAUCAAGUAUGACCCCCAGUUUGGCGAUGCCUUCUGGAACAGCAGCAAGUAUGGCAUCGUAAGCUAUCUCCUGCGAAUUAUGACAAGCUGGGCCAUCGUAUGCCACGUGUGGUAUCUGCCACCAAUGACAAGAGAGGAAGGAGAGGAUGCUGUUCACUUUGCCAACCGGGUGAAGUCUGCCAUUGCUCUCCAAGGAGGACUCACUGAACUGCCCUGGGAUGGGGGUUUGAAACGAGCUAAAGUGAAGGAGACUUUCAAGGAGGAAGAACAGAAAAACUAUAGCAAAAUGAUCAUAGGUAACGGAGCAACGUCAAGUGGAACCACAGACUCGGACUGAAAGCUCCCAGUUGUGAUUUCUUUUGCCUCAGCACCACAGAAUAAUUUGGCUUUUUUCUCCAGUUAGAGAACGAUAAUAAAGCACCAAGCGUGGGCAAUGGAGGGAGAUGCUUAGUUUUCUCAUCGGUUUGCUUCCGUCCUCCCGUAAGUUCCCAGUCUUGAUGUCUGGAAAAGAGGAAUGGAUCUCGAAGCAGAAUGGAAAAUCCUGGUGCUUAAAAAAAAAGAUGGUCUGCAAAUUUGGAGUCUUUCUCCAAAGGGAAUGUACAUAACAAUAAAAUGGAAUUAUUUAAUUGUAUGCCAGCAGUGGUAUCAUCCCCGUGUUUAUGGAAUGUUUGAACACAUUUUCCUUCCUGUUCACUCUGACUGGUUGCUGUGCGUUGAUUACUUGAAUAGAUGGUCUUACAUUUCUGAGGUAGUUUUCUAGGUGGGUUUUUUGUUUGUUUGUUUUUGUUGUUUUCCGGUCCUUGUUGUUGAUGAGAUGUCUUCAGGAGGAAAUAACUAUCUGAAUAUUAUCAGUCUAAAUGUGGAUGGCUGGUUGACUUUAUUUAGAAGUCACGAUGAAGAGGUAGAACAGGCUGUGUACUUUGGGAGAGUUACAAGAUCUUUCGCUUGUUGAGAGAAACCCACCUCUUCUCUCAAACAUAUUUCUAAAAAAAAAUCCCAAUAAAUCCAGAAAUAUGACUGAUACAGUCAGUCUCUUUCUAUGUAUAUGUAUACGUGCCCUGGACAAGAGAAAAGGGCAAGCGAUUUAAAAAGUCCAGCCUUGCAAUUUUGUUUACAACUUUAAUAUUAAAACUCUUACAGAUGGGAGGGAAGAAAUACUAGAGAUAAGCAAUGUUUAAUAAAAUACACUUCUCUCAUGGACUGUGUUGGCAACAGCCUAUAUGUCUAUCUGUCACUGUCUGAGAAAUAUGUCAUGUUGCCUUAUUGUAAAUUGAAAUAAAAAUCUAUAUUUCUAA